AAAUGUUUACUUUGGAAAUCAGCGAGCCGUGGAAACAGCGGUCGCUGUUCGAGUUUCGAAAUAAAAAUAAUAGAAUGAUGAGAUAAUCAAAUGGCAAAAAAAGUUGAAGAUGCCGUUUUCGAGUAUAUGAAAGCUCAGAAUCGGCCAUAUAGCGCUGCAGAUAUUUUUUCGAAUCUACACAAGGAGCAUGGAAAAACUGCCGUGACAAGAGCUGUUGAAACCUUGAGCCAACAGGGAAAGCUGCUGGAGAAAACGUAUGGCAAAUCCAAGAUUUAUGUUGUGCACCAGUCUCAAUUCCCUGCAGUAAAUAAGGAAGAAAUAACCAAACUGGAUGCUGGAAUUAAAGAGCUCACUGAAAAAGUAAUGAGUUUGCAGACAGAGUAUCAGAAGAAGUCAUCUUUACUUGGCCAACUAAAGUCGUCGCUCACUACAGCAGAUGCAUUGGAAAAAGUAAAAAAUCUAAGAGAAGACGUUGCAAAGAUGAAAACACAUUUAAAAAGCUUAAAAUCCAUGUCUGGAACGAUUGAUCCGGCUCAAAAGAAGAAAGUAUAUGAACAACACAAGACGUAUGUAGGGCAUUGGAAAAAGAGAAAACGAAUGACUUCUGAUUUAAUGAAUGCGGUUUUAGAAGGAUACCCCAAGAGCAAAAAAGUUUUUAUGGAUGAAGUUGGCAUAGAAACUGAUGAAGCCUGCUCAGUUACAAUUUUUAAGACUCAUGUCUAAUUUUAAAAUGUCAUUUGUUCAUUUCUACUGCACAAAGAUUUUGAUUUUUGUAUGACAAAAGCACUCUUUCAUUCAUUCACCUUACUUAAAAUUUAACUGCCAAUUUUAAAUUGUUGUUUAUUUUAAUUUUUACAG